ACAAUAACAAAAACAGACACGUUGUACGCAUGCGCCGCUAAAGUCUACGUCAGCCCUUCUUUUUGUCGGUACAGUGUUAAAGCUACGUGGCUCUCUCACUCCGCUUGCCUGUCUUCUCACUAGACAUCGUCCGGAAGAGCUAAGCACCAUGGAUCAGGUAAUGCAGUUUGUUGAGCCCAGCCGGCAGUUCGUCAAAGACUCCAUAAGGCUUGUAAAGAGGUGUACAAAACCCGACAGAAAAGAAUUCCAGAAAAUUGCCAUGGCCACAGCGAUUGGGUUUGCCAUCAUGGGUUUCAUUGGUUUCUUCGUCAAGCUCAUCCACAUCCCUAUCAACAACAUCAUUGUUGGUGGUUAAAUAAAUCCUGGUCAAGCAAUAUCUGUGGACAAGACGCUGUGGUGCAACGUGUAAUUGGGGAUUGAAGGGAUGUCAUUUUUACAUUCUGUGCUCAACAUUUAUAUUUCAAUGUGUAAAUAAAACAAAUGGAAACCCAA